GCGCAGUUACUCCCCCCUCUGCUUCGGGAACGCACCUCACUCAGCAUGUCGGUGGCUCUGCGCGCACAGCUGCUCCUCUUCCUGAUCUCCCUCUCAUCAAGACUGGGGCUCAGCCGCUACAUUGAGGACAACGAAGCUUCAGAUGGAUUAUAUUCUCUGCUCAGUUUGGACCAGAAAAGAGAAUCAGAGGAUUUUAUUUUCCGCCGACCUCUCAGAUGUCUGGACAUGCUGGCCACUGAUGGCUACUUCACCUUUGUGGCGUCUCAACCACAGCUGGCAUGUGCUGCUUUCAUCAUCGCUGAGCCCAAUGAGGUCAUCAGUCUGGAGCUGUCUGACGUCAGUAUUGACUGCAGUGCCGGAGACUUUAUCAAGAUGUUUGAUGGCUGGGUUCUGAAGGGAGAGAAGUUCCCCAGCAGGCAGGACCACCCGCUCCCGUUACACCAGCGCUACACAGACUACUGCUCCUCCACAGCACCGGGAGCCAACAGCCGCUCCUCUCAGAACGUCGCCAUGAUCUUCUUCCGCAUUCACAGCCCUGACAGCGGCUUCACCCUCACUGUCAAAAAGCUACACAACCCCUUCCCCUGUAACAUCAUGUCUCAGAGUCCAGAGGGCAGCUUUACCAUGGUGAUGCCACAUCAGCGGAGGAACUGCAGCUUCUCCAUCAUCUACCCCGUGGAGAUCCGUCUGACAGAGCUCAGUCUGGGGCAGGCCAAAAGCAAUGAGCUCAGCCCACAGAGGCAGGUGUGGUCGGGCUGUUCGGGGUCAGGUGACUAUGUGGAGCUGCUAGGGGGCAAUGGGGUGGACACCUCUAAGAUGUUCCCUGUAGCUGACCUGUGUUUCUCCCUCAGUGGGCUCGCCCAGAUGAAGAUCGGUUGUGAUAACUCGGUGGUGAGGCUGGUCUCCAGCGGGAACUAUAUCAACCGUGUUUCCUUCCAGUACCGAUUACUGGAACACACCGAGCUCCCUAAGACCCGAGAGAACAAUCUGGAUAACUUCUGCACUGUGGAAUGAGAUCUCUCUCUCUCACACACACACACACACACACACACUUAUGAACAUGCACACACAGUCAUACAAUCAUGCAUCUCUCUGUAAAUACACCAGUUUCACAAAUGCUGUCAAUGAAUAUUUUGUAUUGUUUUUGCCAAAUAUUUUUUUUUUAGUGCCCUUAUUAUUUUAACUUUGAUCUUAGCUUAUUUAUUUGAGGAAUUAUAUGAAUUCGUCUGAAAUUGGUAGAUGAUGGUGGAUUUAAUUUUUUUUUUUUUUUUUUUUUUCAUUUGUCAAUAAAAUCUGUGGUACAUUCUGGCCUAAAUCUUGGAGCACUGAUUUCAAGCCCUCCCUCUGUUGUUCUUGGUUUAUAUUAGAUUCAGUAUUCUUUGGGAGGUUUUACAUCGCUGCUGUCUCUUCUGUUUAUAUUGCCUUGACAAUUUGAAAAUAAAUAUGACCUGCAUGAUG